AUGGAAUAUUAUACGAAUAUAUCAAAUGAACUUAAAGAAAAGUAUAAUCAACAUUAUAAUCUUUAUCAAGUACAUUAAUUUAUUAUUAUUAGAAACAAUAAUUAGAACGCAAAAUUCUUUGUUACAAAAAUAAUUAUGAGGAUCCACUAAAAUAUUAAUAAUGCAUUGAAGAUUUAAAUACUAGAAUGAAUAUGAAUUCGAAUACUCUUAGAAAUAGAUUCAAUCAAAUUGAAAUCGAUGAUAAAGAUUGUCAAGGAAAAUGUUAUGAAGAUUCUAAAUGUCUUUAAGGAUGUGAAGACUAAUCAAGAAAAAAAGCAUAUUAAUUAUAAGAAUAAUUUUAUAAAUUAAUGUUAUAAGAAAAUCCUGAAUACAAAAAAUUGUAAUGA